UUUGUUGUUGUUGUUGUUGUUGUUAUUCUUUUCUUUUCUCUUUCUAAUACAAAAUGCAGCAUAAACGCCCUUUACCUCCUACACCCAAUACCAGCACGAAAUAUAAAAAUGUAAAUGAUGCAAUCCAGUCAUUAUUAUCAGACACUAGUUAUGAUGACUUGACGGACAGAGAAAGAAAAUGGUACAGCGAUCUCGCGAACUGCCACAAAACAUUAGAGCAGAAAGAUUCUGUCAUCAACAACUUAAAGACAAUAGUUGUCGAAUGGAAAAGAAAAGCCAUUGAAUUUGAAAACGCAUAUAAAGAAACAAAACAAUUAUUUGAAGAGCGUGAAAAGUUUCUCAUUAAACAACAUGAAGCAGAAAUAGAAGCCAUUACAAAAAUUCAAACAGAACAGUUCAAUGAUAACCUUGAAGUAGUACUUCAGCUAGAAAAAGAAAACCAACUUCUGCGGUCUCGCUUAAAUGAAGAUAAUGACAUAUUAGACGAUAGAAUACAAAUCCAUCACUACCAACAACAAUUGCCUAAUUCUGAAAAUACAGGAAAUGACAUGUCUAGUGGUAGUACGAGUCAGCUGUGUAACACUGCAGAGAUUGCUAAUAGAACUGCGAAGGAACAACCAAAAGAAAACUCAGAUGAUUUGAUUCAAAGAAUUAAUGUAAGUUAUUAUGUAUACAAAACAGAUAAAUAUUGACAACAUCACUUAGGAUAUGGUUAUUGCGAUAGAGGGCACAUUACACCAACUAAACCAUAGCCAAAAUGAUUCAGCAACACCGCCUUUAGUUUCCUCUGAUAGUUCUUCUGAUGAAUCGUCUACUGAUGAUCCAGAACAACUAAUAAGAGCCCAUAAGAAAAAGCGCUCAAUAAGAAAUAGUCCUAAUGCUUUGCUGAAAAUAGAACAAGUUGACGGAAACCAAGACUACCUUUUAGGCGAGCAUUAUUGGGCAGAUAAUAAAAUGACGCAACCGAUACUUUCUUCACAUUAAAUAAAACAUCUUUGUUCAUUUUGAGAGA